UAUGCAUGUUCUCGCCACCAAGAUGCCUAGCCCAGAUAUAAUCCCUCAUAGUAGAACUGGCUUAGAUCGCUUGAGUUGGAUAGCUCGCCGCUCUGGCCUCAGGCAUCUGUGGGAGGAUUUCGAAUCUAAGCUCCCAGGCCUGUUCGCGGAUGAUGUUAAGCAGAGCCGUGUCGGGGUGAUUGUACCACAUCAAGUUCAUUGGGUAUCAAAUCCAGAAGAAUUCCAUACUCCUUUAAGGAAAGGCGUCCCAACACUAUUAAUCCUCAACCGUUACAAUUCAUGGAGUAGGAUAGAUACUACCAUUGAAGGCUUCUCUGAAAUAUGCGAUCUCGCCGAAAUUACGCCCUUCUUUUUGCACUUCGUAGUUGGUAUGGGUUUAAAGUUCUCAUCGAAAGACGAAGACUUUAUGUCAUGCUAUAGCACAUUUGCGCCGGCGAAUGAUUGCCUGGCCCCCAGCCUUAACGGGCCGGAGACGCACGGCGAUUCGCUUUGGGAGAUAUGCUACAACAUUCGGCAUUUUGAACGGCAUCAUCGGGAUCUAGAAGACCCAUGGUCCUGCCGCCAGUCAGCUCUUCAUCAAAGCUUCUCCGCUGCCUCUGGGCAGCCAACCUGGGUUAUCAUCCAACCGCCUGAGGUUUUCGAGCUAACUGUAGAGUCAACACCACACCCCAUGGCCUUGCAUCUUCGGUACCUUCACGCGGCCCUUGCGAACUGGAGAGAGUAUCUUGACUCCUUUGCUCAAAGAUUCAAAUUCCUUAAUCAACGGAUAGCAAUACCAAAUCCGUAUGAGAAAUUCGAAAUCAAGUUUUCACAUGAGCAACACCUCCACUACCAGAGGGGGCAGCUUCAUGAUGCUCUGAGCAUUCUGAUUAACACGAGGAACACCUUGAAUGUGAUCGCCGAACACGAAUCUGCCGUGGCACAGAGGCAGAGUCUGUCCUCAGUCUCUCACAAUGAGUUCCAACGCACUAUGCGUAAUAUUUCUCGAAAUGUCGAUAAUUACAUCGAAACAACGAACAAACUUCUUCGUACUUCAGACGAUUUGAGGUCGAUGUAUAGCAAUAUCCUCACAUUUCACGGCCAAGAGUUACAGCACGAUACUAGCCUGAAACUUGCACAACUUGCGCAAGCCGAUGCCAAGGGAAAUAGAGAUAUGGCGAUCUUAGCCGACCUUACAUAUAAAGACUCACGAUCGAUGCGUAUCGCGACAGCUAUCGCUAUGAUAUAUCUUCCAGUGAAUCUGGUCAUGUCAUUCUUCAGUAGUACCCUAGUCUGGUAUGGAACAGCAGUAGAUGUUACCGACGACUUUGGCUCGAGUAUUCGAAUCCGAACCGAGGUAUGGAUUGCGAUAGUAGCGGCUGUCGUACUUGUUAUUGGCACUGUGUGUUGGUCUUGGUGGUGGAAUUGGAGAGAACAGAGGAAGCCAAACAAAAUGACCCUCGGUGUUUCAAGAUCAAGUAGUCCAUGAUCAGCUUCUAAAAGAAUCAAUAAAAUGUAUUUCUAACUAAAC